AACUCGCUCGCGGGCUGAACCAUGUCCUUGAGCCCCAAACACUCAACGCCUUUCUCAGUGAGCGAUAUUUUGAGCCCGAUCGAGGAGACCUUCAAGAAGUUUGCAGCCAUGGAGAGCAGCGCGUGCCUGGCGUCUCCUCUGUACAGACAGACUCAGGUGUCUCAGGCGAACCUGCAGCAGCACAGCAUGAGCCAUAACACCUACCACAUGCCGCACUCGCAGUUCUCGCACAGCGCCAUGGGAGGAUACUGCAACGGGACUAUCGGCACCAUGGGAGACCUGCCGUCCUAUCAGGAGAGCAUGAGGAACGGCGCGACGGCCACGGCUUGGUACGGCUCGAACCCGGAGCCCAGGUACCCGACAAUCUCCAGGUUUAUGGGUCCCUCGGCGGGCAUGAACAUGGGAACAUUACCGGGCAUGGAUGCAAGUAAAUCUAUGGUGACUUUACACGCGGCGCCGCGGAGGAAACGGCGCGUGCUCUUCUCUCAGGCGCAGGUGUAUGAGCUGGAGCGCCGCUUUAAGCAGCAGAAGUAUCUGUCGGCGCCGGAGAGGGAACAUUUGGCCAGCAUGAUUCACCUGACCCCGACCCAGGUCAAGAUCUGGUUCCAGAAUCACCGGUACAAAAUGAAACGCCAGGCGAAGGAUAAAGCGUCGCAGCCGCAGCAGCAGGACAGCGGAAGCCUGUGCGCGCAGCAGUCGCCGCGGCGCGUUGCAGUGCCGGUGCUGGUUAUUUUUUUUUUUUUUUACCGUUCAUGA